AUGGAGUCUGUGCGGAUGUGGCGGGGGCGGGAGAGGGCGUGUGUGCGGGAGACCCGGCAGGAGGAGUGGUACCAGGCGCAGGGACAGCAGCAUCGGGCAGGGGUGGGCGGGCGCGGCCUGCAGGAGCAGUGCGUGGAGGUGGUCAAGCGUGACGUCACCCGGCACCUGGCCCUUCUGCCCGACCUGCCGGCCGAAGUGCGCGAGCGGCUGCUGGCCGCCUUCAUCCAGGGGCGCCUCCUCGACGCCCGGCUCCUCCAGCUCUGCAUACAAAACGGACUGUACAGUCUGGACUUGACCAAGGCGACACGCUUCGGCAUGGCUUCGGUCGCUGCCGUGCUUCAAUAUUGUCCGCAGAUCCACACGCUCAACCUCACGGACUGCCUCUACAUCGGCACGGACGAGACGGUCCGCCUGGUGCGCGGCCUGCCCAACCUGCGUACCCUGAUCCUCGACGGACUCGAGGUCGAGACGCAGGACCUCGCCGCCAUCCUGUGCGGCCUCACCACCGAGCUCAGAAGCCUGAGCCUGCGGGACUGCACGGUGGUCGGGACCCGCAGAUACGAAGGGGCCGACCCGUUCGCCGGCCUGCAGCGGCUCUCCCACCUGGCGGGCCUGUGGCUCUCCAACCUGUCGACCGCGCGCGACUACGGUGAGCUGACCUACAGCUACAAACUGCCCGCCCAGACCGUCGACCGGUUCCUCGACGCCGCGGCCAGCUCCCUGCGCUGCCUGGACCUCUCAAGGACGAACGUCGAAUACGCCCCCGACCUCAAAGAGCUCGACUACUCCAAAGCCACUGGACUGGAGGCCCUGUAUUUGGCCGGCACAAGGUUGGGGAGCGGGUUCAAGUCGACCACGCUGGCCACCAUCGGCCGCAACUUGCACCACCUUUCGCUCGCCAGUUGUGGCGUCACGACCACCUCUUGGCUGGCGGACGAGUACCUCCGCGAUUUGAUCUCGUUGGUGCCCCAUCUCGUCCAUCUAGACCUGGGGUAUUCUGCCGACAUGUCCAACGCGACUCUGCGACACAUCGGUCAGUGUUGCUCGAACCUCCGCUUCCUCAACAUCCGCCACUGCCGCGGCCACCUCGAACCCUCUGCCUUCUUCCUCGGGGAGGAGUGCGUGUUCGCGGUGCUGGAGGAGUUGGACAUCUUCGGGUGCCUGCAGUUGUCGCACCGGCUGGAGCUCAUCAACUACCAACACGACCGCUUGCCCAGCCCGUGGAUGGCCGCCCUCCCCUCGCUGGAGCGGCUGUGCGUCGCCUGGAGCGCGGACGAGCUGGCCGACGCCCUCGACCAGAACCCCGCCCUCCGGCGUCUCGCCAUCCGACUGCUGUGA